UCCCCGUUGGGGAUCGCGCAGAGCUUGUCCGGGGGCAGCGCCGCGCCAUGGACUCCAGCGUGAGCAUCGACCUGCAGCCCUGCGACGGCGGCAAGGUGGGGCCGGGCGCCUCGGCUCCUCCGUACUCCACCUACCCCUACACCGGCCCCGCGCAGGGCUUCCCCGUGCAGCAGCCGCCCCGCGACUUCGUGCUCUGGUCCCUCUUCAACACCAUCUUCUGCAACGUCUGCUGCCUCGGCUUCAUGGCUCUGGUCUUCUCCUUCAAGGCCAGGGAUCGUAAAGUUCUGGGUGACGCCGAUGGAGCAGGAAGCUAUGGCAAGACUGCCAAGUGCCUGAACAUCACGGUCCUGGUACUGAGCCUCUUGGCAGUGGUUCUGAUCAUCAUCCUCUUCGCAACAGGAGCUGUGGCUGUCUCAAAAGUAGCUCAACAUGAGAACCAAUACAGGAACAACUACGGCUUUAACUAUGGCAACUAAACCACCCCUCAGGAUUCUCCCCAGCUGGAUGACUUCUCCCCAAGCUUCCCUUACACAGCUCUGCUUGCCUUUGUUCUGCUGUUUAAAUUGUCAAUGGCAGCGCUCUCCUUAUGUAACUGGAGCCCAGCAAUUCUCUUUGCGAUGUGGAGAUUUACACUCCACCGCCCACCUCCCCGUUUCAGCCACCACCCUUCUGCUGAGACUGGCUGGCAGAUCCUCCUUCCAAAGUGCCACCAGCCAAGUCCUACCUUAACAGGAUGGAGGGGUCACUAUAGAGAUGGGGAGGAGGAGUUUCUAACAUUGCUCUGUUUCCCCCACCCCAAAAGCAGACUGCCUGGCUUUCAAAGCCCUCCGAGAUCCUGCAGUUGUUAGGGAGGGUCAGCGUUGUUCUUGUGAUUAUUCAGAAUUUUCUCUUUAGAGAAUUAUUUUUGUAGAGCUCUUCUUGGCAGAAAUGUGCAGGGACUAUUUUCAAAUAAAAGUUUUUUUUUCCUCUUCUAAA